AUGUCGUUAGUACAUAACCUUGGACGUUUUUUAUUGGAGAGGGGAGGCUGGAGGGUCGCAAAUGAGAUUGUGGUUGAUGAUGAACGCAGUCACCCACGUCUACUACGAUUGAGAAUAGGUACGAAGGGGUCUCCCUCCCGUUUAUGGGGAUUUGGUGUAUUCUGGCUGGGACUUACUAAAAGAUCGGAGGCAGAAGAAUUACCAACCGCUCACGACGAUGUAAAUGAGGUCAGAUAUCAAAAGAAUAGAAUAAGAUACAGCAUUUAUGACACGGAGUUUGAACCAAACGUUGACCAAGACUUUCAAACAGGCGAUUCAGAAACUUACCAUAGGAUACCUCAUAUAAUUCAUUUUAUUUUCAUAUCUUCUAUAGAAAGCAAAAAUGAUUUACCAGAAAUGUUUAAAGCAAAUGUUAAUUCAUUCUUCCAUUUCAAUCCUAGUUGGACAUAUUAUUUUUGGACGAACAUUUCAGCUCGGCAGCUCAUAGCAACAAAACACCCAUCGUUGCUGGAAACUUGGGACAAUUAUCCGCUCGUUAUCAACAAAGCUGAUGCUUUACGUUAUGUGUUGCUUUAUGAAUUCGGGGGUGUUUAUGCCGACCUAGAUAUGAAAUGUUUACGGCCAUUAGACAGGGCGACGAUAAAAUAUUCUUGCAUACUUACACCUGAACCAUUCGUGCACAGUGCAAUCAUUUACAAAAUGUCGUAUUUACUUAGCAAUGCUUUUAUGAUGUGCCGGCCAAAACAUCCGUUCAUGAAAGUAGCAAUACUCUCUCUAUCAAAAUUUGCCACAAGGCCUAGCCCGUCAAGGAAAGCAGGGCCCAUGUUUUUAACAAUCAUGUUUAAACGUUAUAAUAAAUUGACGCAUAGAGAUGAGCACAGAGUAAAGACUCAAUUCGAAAGUAACUCUCCAUAUUUUUAUAAAGGUUCUCUACGAGAGGACCAUAUUAAUGCUGUAUAUGUAGCAAACACAAAAUACUUCAUGAACAAUUUUGACACACGUGUAGAUUUCGAUAGCAUGUGUUCUAAUGCUUACAUACAGAUUGUGAAACGAGGAUGCAUUCUAUGGCUUCAGAGAAAAUCUCUUCAGACUAAAAACGUAUAUUCAUACACUAACCACAACUGGGCACAUGUUUAUUCCUUUCGUAACUCAACACGGAUGGUUCGAAUAGAUAGUGUUAUUACAAGAUCACAAUUAAAGCUAUGGAAAGCAGAUAUAACCUAACUUUGUUGAAAAGUAACAAGACACAUUGUUUAAAGAGUUGUUUUCAAUGUUGAUAAAAAUACAACACAACUCAGUGAGUAGCUUUCUAUAGACCGUGCAGGACGGGCCUAUACUUUUUUCCAAAAAAGUGAAAAAAGAUGAUAAUUUGUCUCCUUGAUAAUGUUCUUAAAAUCAUCUUCACAUAUUUAUUGUACUAAACGUAGAAAAACUUCAAAAUGCUCAUCUGAAAAUCCAGGGCAAGAAACAAUCAUUGGGGUGUACGCCCCUACAUGUCCUAAAAAAAACCACUAUAGAUGUUGUCCUUCCGACGACUUCAGACCAAGCUGUGCCCCUGCAACUGUAUCAGACUUUUAUCCAAUGACAAAGAACACUUUAAGUCUUUUUGUUGACAACGAUUGUAUAUUUAUUUAAAUUGGAUUAUUAUAUACAUGAAAAGUAAUUGGUCAGCGUCUGUGUGCAUUAUUGGAAAAUAUUUUUGUUAUUUUAAUUUUACUAUCCAGUCGAUGAUCGCAAUGAUUAUGUUACGUGUGGAGAUCAAGCAUUUAUAACGUUGUAAAAUGAA